AUGACAUUAACUUCCGUCACCAAGUCAAACGUCCCGAGACCCGCUCGGCGAUCAGCCUGCGAUUCUUGUAGGCAAAGAAAGUCAAGAUGCGAUGGUGGAAAGCCUUCAUGUCGGAGAUGUUCUUCUCUAGGUCUUGACUGUCACUACUCGGUCAAGAAGCAGAUGGGUCGACCUGCAAAACGUCGACAAGCAUUGGCCGCAGCACUACCCAGUCCGGCUGUCCAAGAUGAAAUGCCCUUUCUGUCGCUCUUAUCGCCUCAGUCAAUGAUUGAAGCACUUGGCCAACUAGACGUGGAUGCUUGCGGGGACACAAGUCUCUUGACUGACCUGAGCUCUGAAGUCCUUAACGGACUUCAAAUUGAGCUGGGAAAAGGAGCCGACUGCUCAUGUCCGACGUCAGACCUCUUAUCAAGCUCCAGUGCUGCUCCGGCGCUCGAUCCAAAAACUUCAAAUCCUGUCUCGGUAGCUACAGUAUCUCCCAUCUCACAGACGUCGUCCCGGCCAUGUUCCUGUCUGGCAACUUUCUAUCUCACAGUAGAUGAUCUCUGCAAGAACGAAAGACUGUCCUUUCCGUCAGGUCUUCCUUUUCUCCGCAAAACUGUAUCAACAGCCAGCCAAAUAGCUCACUGUCAAAUCUGUCCGACCAGUCACCUCUCCGCUAUGCAGAAUAUUCAACUUCUGGGAACACUCCUCAUGUCAGUGGGGCAGCAAUACGGAGUUAUUCUAGAGUCCAUAGACAAAGAGGCCAAGGCAUCAAAGGAGCAAAAUGAACUGAAACGUCUCCAGUUCAGCGAAGUCGGGGUUGAUUGUUGUACGGAGGCUCCAAGCUACAGCUUGGAACUAAGCCCUUCAGAAUGGGCGGAUUUGGCUAAAAAGGCUGUUAAGGCUGAGGUUUACGGAAACGGAACGCAUGAAGGGUGUUUGUGGAGUGUUUUGAACUAUCUCGAACAACGUCAGGCCCAGUGGCAUGCCGUCCCGCCGCAUCAAGAUUGUCCUCAUCAGCACCACCAGUCUGAGGAGGAGCCAUUUUGCAUAAAGAUACUUCAUAAGGCUAAAGAGUCGAUAGAGGCUCUGAAGUGGAAGUGUCGUGAAAUCUAUGGCCCGGAUCAACCUGAUCUUGGUAUGGUCUCCCUUAUCUGA